AAUCCAUUACCUAACCACCACGGUGUCUCAUUGGACCAAACAGCAAUACCGCAAGUGAUGUCCGAAUUACCGAAGCUCAUUAACAAUGCGACAGAUGCCUCGCUUACCAGCGACGAUUGGUCGCUUAGCUUCGAAGUGGUUGAUGAAAUCAACAGCUCGCCGGAGAAGAACGCGGCGCGCGCGGUGGAGCUCCUCACCCAGCGAUUAUCGCUCUCUCCUCCCAACGGCAACGUUCUCAUGCGGACGCUCAACCUCAUUCUCGCAUGCUCGGAGAACUGUGGCUCGCGAUUCAACCAGCAAAUCAGCUCGGAGGACUUCUUGGACAAGGUGUUGAAGGCAAAGUUGAUGAAAAACCCCAAGGUGCACAACAGCGUCAAAACCAAGGUGGUGGAUGUUGUGGGGAAGAUGACAGAGUCGGCGAGCAUCAGGAACGACCCGUCGCUCCACAAGCCGUUGGUCAAGUUCCACAAGAAGUUGUUCCAAAAGUAUCCCGGGUUGGCGUAUGCCGAUGGGGAAUCUGAUUCGAUAUUCAGUGCCCCGGCUAAGCCGCUGAAAAGCAAGUUGUCAGAGGACCAGCGUCGGGAGGAGGAGGAAUUGAACCGGGUGUUGCAGUUAUCUCUCCAAGAAUUCGAGUCACCGAAGGCUCAGCACCGUCAAAACAGCUUUGAGGGCCAGCAUCCGGCAUCCGGUUUAGAUAAAAACCUUCCACAAGCUCCACAGCAGCAGACGCCCCCGAAGAUUACCAAGGUCAAAGCCCUCUACUCCCUAGCCUCCAAUGAGCCAGAUGAACUAUCGUUUGACAAGGGUGACGUGAUCCACGUCUUAAAGCCAAUCUACAAGGAUUGGUGGCAGGGCACGUUGAACGGAAAACAGGGUAUUUUCCCGCUAAACUACGUGGUACCCAUCUACAAAGCGACGCCGGAGCAGGAACAGCGCGAGUUGCGCGAGGAGGACGAUGUGUUGCAAAAUGGGAGGAUGAUGCUGGAGGUGGACGAGCUCAUCCACAUGUUGACACAUGCCACCACUGCGGGUGGAACCCAGAACUCAGCCCGGAUCGACGAGAUGUAUGCCAAGCUAGUCAAAUCGCAGCCGUUUGUGGCGGAAAGGUUGUCCAAGUAUGAGAACCAGAAGCAGGAGUUGGUGAGCGUCAACCAGAUGUUGUUGAAGAGCGAACGCGAAUUUACAAAAAGGCAGGCAGAGGAGCAGGAGAAGGCGAGACAGCAGCAACAACAACAACAGCAACAGCACUUCUACCCCCAGCCCCAGUUUGGGAGGUCGCCGUAUCCCGCUACCGAGAACUACUUACCCACCGCUCCGCAAGCCCAGCCUCCGUGGUACUCGCAGUAUCAAGAACAGGCACAACCUCAGGAACAGCCUCAAGGGCAGACACAGGGUUAUGCACCACAGACCUCACAACAAAGCAACCAAUUUCUGUACCCUCCGCUGUACCCACCUGUGUAAACGAUAUUUGAGAUUUACG